AUGUAUUUGAACAAUCAGUUAAGAGCAACUCUGCUCAUGAUUGCAGGAAUUCAAAAUGUAUAUGCACAGCAAGCUGCGUGGGGCCAGUGUGGAGGGACAGGCUGGAUUGGUGCAACGACUUGUGCAUCGGGUUAUGUGUAUUGUACCUGCUUCUCACUUGUCACACCCGUCAUGAAUUCUUCAAUUGAACCAUCUCGCUUUCUGGCAUUCACUAACCAUGCAAUCAGUCCAUACUAUUCCCAAUGCCUUCCUGGCACCGCAUCAUCAACAUCAACGAUUGCGACAACACCGGCUACAACCACUUCCGGCACACCAACUACCACACGUUCAACAACAACCACGCUUUCCACAACUACUACCACUGGUGUAGCCUCGUACCCGGGAGCGACUCUCCAAAGUGGCUACUAUUGGAUUCGUGCCGUUGAAACCCCAAACUUUCAGUCACCCGGCACUGCUGUCCUAGCCGACAGGUCCACCGCCGGCCAGUAUCAAAUCGUAUCUGGACAGCUAGUUGAGUUAAUCGCUCCGAAUACGUUCCUCUAUGCAAAUGUCCAACCACCCGCGAAUUCAUCUGCUGUUAAAUUAUCCGUGACAUUCAAUACCACCCAAAAUACGUUUGGCACGUUUGCAUUUAGUGGAGAUGCGGUAACGUGGAGUGUAGCUAGUAUUAGUAGGCCGAACUUAAGUGCGUGGUUGGUUUGCGGCGCUCAGAAGUUGUGGAUCAAUUUGGGAAAUUAUGCGUAUUUGACACCAACGGGAUGUGUAGAUGAGACGAUUCAUUAUUUCAAUGGAGCAACUGUUGAUUAG